GUGCGGGGAUCAUACGGUAGAAACGUCUGUCAAAGUUCCUGCGGGAGAUCCUCUAUACGGAAUAAGGUUCUUGUGAUGUCCAACGUGUAUAAUGGUGAUGCGUCCUGGAUUGUUUAAGUCAAGGAGGAAGGCACCUUCGAUGACAUUUGUCAUAAUAUCGUGAUGGGAGUGCCUGCUCGCGGUGCCCUAGGGGCUGUCGUCGCCAUUAUCGCUUUUGGUGUCUAUACGAACAGUCUUGGAUGCGGCUUCGUAUUCGACGAUAUCUCCGCAAUCAAGGACAAUCGUGACCUAAGGCCACAUACGCCUCUCAAGAAUGUCUUCUACAACGACUUCUGGGGCACCCCUAUGCACAAGGUGGGACUUUUAUCCUGGGAUAAGGAUUGAUCAAUUUGUGGCUGAUACCACAUACUGCUUUGGGCCAUCUUGUUCCAGUGGCGAAGGACGUUUAUUGAUCCGCUCUUGGGUUUCCACGUUCCUCAACGCUAAUAGCGGCCCUUUUCCGUUGCGUUUCCUACUUCGACCUAUGGCAUUUUAUACACAAUACUCUUUAUCGUAUUAUCUUGGAUCUUUCUUUUACUAGGGUCCUAUGAUAUACAUAUUACCUAUUUUUCUCUCUCCUUGUUCUCUUUCCAGAAUAUACCUGAUUAUUUUUCGUUGUUGUAUACUUGUUUUACAUGGCUAUGAUUUUUAAUAAAUAUUGAUUUUGAUUUGACUUAUCUUUUUUCUUUAUAAUCUCCUUUAUGUUGUGUUUUGCUAAUGUACACUGAUUGAUUCUUGAUGUAUGAUAUGAGAUAAGAUAGCUUUUGCACCGUUUAAAUACCUUGGGGUUUAGGCAUCAUUGAUGAUUUUCCUUUUUUUUGGAGCAGAGUAGACAUGUAUAUCAAUUGAUUAUUUUUGUUUGUGAAUAAAGUACAUAUAGUAUGAUGAAACAAGAUAUUCGAUUCAUGCCAAUGGAGCAAUCGCACAAAUCAUAUAGACCCCUGUGUGUAUUGACAUUUCGAUGGAAUUACCUGAUUCAUCAACUGGACCCAAUGGGCUAUCACUUACUGAAUGUAAUCCUUCAUGUUGGAGUGUGCCUGCUUUACUUCCGAAUGUGUCUGAUGUUUCUGCCAGAAACAGCAAGCUUUGUCUCUGCAUUAUUAUUUGCAGUGCAUCCAAUUCAUACAGAAGCUGUCACUGGAGUCGUAGGAAGGGCAGAAACUUUAUCAUCCCUAUUUUACUUGGCAGCUCUUAUUACAUACACCAAGUGUUGCAGGAGUAAAAGAUCGACAGGGUGGCGGUCGUUACUAUUAUCCAUGUUAUUUGUGCUUACUGCUAUGUUAUGUAAGGAGCAAGGAAUAACUGCAACAGCAGUCUGUGUUUUGUAUGAAAUAUUUGUUGUGCAGAAGGUAAGAGCCCUGGAUAUAUUCUUAGUAGUGAAAUCAGCCUUUGGUGGUAAGAAAAUAUCACCUUCUUGGUCUGGUGAAGGUACAAAAAGACUUAGUGCACUGACACUUGUUACAUUCUGUCUUCUUAUACUCAGACUUCAAGUAAUGGGAUCUAAAUUACCUGUCUUUACAAGAUUUGACAAUCCAGCCUCAGUGGCUUCAACUCCUAUAAGACAAUUAACAUAUAAUUAUCUAGCAGCAGUAAAUCUUCGACUCCUUUUCUUACCAAUUGAUUUAUGCUGUGAUUGGACAAUGGGUACGAUACCAUUAGUGGACAGUUUUGCAGAUCCCAGAAACCUUGCCACACUUGCAAGUCAUGGCUUGAUUGCUGGCUUAUUUAUAACAGCAGUCCUUACAAGGAGUCGACAAACUUCAGUUAUAUUGAUAAUGAGUUUAGCCCUGAUGAUUUUACCAUUUCUGCCGGCCUCCAAUUUGUUCUUCCCGGUAGGAUUUGUCAUCGCUGAAAGAGUCCUUUACGCACCUUCCAUGGGAUUCUGCAUGCUAGUUGGCUAUGGCUGGAACAUACUCUCUGAUAAGAAGUACAAGAAGAUCUCAUUGUUACUUUUGAUAACAUUAUUGGCUGCGCACACCACCAAGACCUUCAUCAGAAACUAUGACUGGCUGGACGAGUAUUCGAUAUUUAUGUCAGGCCUAAAAGUGAAUGAUAAAAAUGCUAAGCUGUUCAAUAAUGUCGGUCAUGCAUUAGAGAGUCAAGGGCGGUUUAAAGAGGCCCUCAAUUUUUUUAACAUGGCAGUACAAGUACAAGGCGAUGAUAUAGGUGCUCACAUUAAUGUUGGGAGAACUUACAACCAUUUGAAGAUGUUCAAGGAAGCUGAGGAUGCGUAUUUGAAGGCUAAGUCACUCCUGCCUAAGGCAAAACCUGGAGAAUCCUAUCAGGCCAGAAUAGCACCAAACCAUCUGAAUGUCUUUGUCAACCUGGCUAACUUAAUAGCCAAGAAUGCUACAAGACUUGAGGAGGCUGAUCUGUUAUAUAGACAGGCAAUUAGCAUGCGCGCGGAUUAUACUCAGGCUUAUAUAAACCGUGGGGAUGUUCUUAUAAAACUCAAUCGUACAAAGGAAGCUCAAGAAGUCUAUGAACGAGCAUUAUUUUAUGACAGCAACAAUCCUGACAUCUAUUACAACCUGGGUGUGGUGUUCCUGGAACAAGGAAAAGCUUCGCAAGCAUUAGCCUACCUUGACAAGGCUCUUGAAUUUGACCCUGAACAUGAACAAGCUCUACUGAACUCUGCCAUACUGCUGCAAGAAUUAGGACGAGCUGAGCUGAGAAAAGUAGCUAGGGAGAGAUUAUUGAAGUUGUUACGUAAGGAUUCAAAUAACGAGAGAGUUCACUUCAAUCUGGGCAUGCUGGCCAUGGACGAUCAUGACAGUGGAAGUGCAGAACGCUGGUUCAGAAAUGCAGUCGCACUCAAAGAGGACUUCCGCUCAGCCCUUUUCAACCUGGCUCUGUUACUCGCCGACGAGCAACGUCCUUUAGAAGCAGCACCCUUUCUAAAUCAGCUGGUACGCUUCCAUCCAGAUCACGUCAAAGGCUUGAUACUCCUAGGUGAUAUAUACAUAAACAACAUAAAAGACUUGGACGCAGCAGAAAACUGCUACAGAAGAAUCCUGCAAUUGGAUCCAACGAAUAUCCAAGGCCUGCAUAAUCUAUGCGUGGUAAUGGUAGAACGUGGUAAACUUGGUCUUGCAGCGCAAUGCCUGGAACGUGCUGCAGCACUAGCGCCACAACAAGAUUACGUUCACCGCCAUCUGGCGAUUGUACGCGCAAGGAUAAACCGGCUACCACCUGAGCAAAGGGACACAGAGGUAUUUGAUGACUCCUUCUGGAACAACGGUCCCAGGGAUGAUGAAUACACAGGCAACGAUCUACCGGGUGAUCAAUUCCUGAGCAAGGAUCCUAUGUUCCUAAAUCACGCAGUAGUCCACAGUCACUUGAGUGGCAAAUCUAAUGGUGCUGAGGAACGUGUGAACAAUCACAUAAUCCACUUGCAGGGUGCAUCAGAAUCGAACAGGCCCACGAAACCUACUGUUCAGAAGAAGUCCAGCCCUAUUCCAGAGGGUAGGGUAUUCGAUGAGAUCGUAUCCAGUGUCCAGGAAGUUGAGCUGGUUCACAAUCCCCCUACGAAAAUCUCCGCCGACCAAUUCAAUCAGACAGCAUCUUCGUUGACCGGUGCAAAGCAUUCCAGCACUGUCGAAAACGACGACAGUGGCCUCUCAUAGUAUUAAUGGAGGUUCAUUCCGCCGAAUAUUGUAAAGUUAUUAAUCUCCAUAAGAAGAGUAAUGGUGGUAUAUACAAUAUGUAUAUAAUGCAUAUGCGUAUCUAUACAUGUAUAUAUUAUAUGUAUACUACCAUAUGGGAAAGGAUUGCGUUACACGCAAUGAAACGUACACUUGAAAAAGAACACACUGGACAGAGUCAUAUAGCGCUAAUGUGUGAAUAUAAAUUAAAUACAGAGUAUUGUUUUAUAUACUGUAUAAAAAUAGGACGUUUUGUAAAAUAUAUUUAAAAAAAAGAUCACGUCUUCAUUCGUUUCAUGAUCCUUGAUCAGGGAGAUAGGGGAAUCCCUGGAAGCUGGUACCAAUAUCACAAUGAGAUCUGUUGUGUCUCUGGGACUUGUAAAUUUAGGUCCUGAACGGACCCCGUAACUUCUCAAUUAUUGCGGCUGUUUAGUCUCUCACUGGAGGCAUCUUGUGAGGGCUCACUUAUCAUUUGCAAAAUAAAUCACCGACGUCGACCACCCCAUGAUGAAAAUCUGAUACGCCGCGCCUUAUCGUGGAGUUAAACUCUACACUACUGACUAUCGGACGUCUGCACGUUCGUUGACUUUGUGGCAAUUGCAGUUGGUAUCGAGUUUCAUAAGAAAUUUAGAGUGACGUCAUCGGUAACCGGGUAAAUUGAUUACGUUCGAGUAGAAGAAACAUAAUAAAUGUGUAUGAAAAAUACUGUGAAUCAUAUAAGGUAAACGUCCCCAUGGCCGGACACGUAUGAAUCUGCAACCACUAAUGCAAAUAUCCCAUCUAAUAAACGUUUAUUAAAUUAAAAUAAAGAAUUAACCAUUAAAUUGGUAUGUACGAUUCAUAAUCUAUGCGGAGGGAAAUUGUCAAAAUAGUCCUCAAGCCGUUUGUGACCGUUUUUUAGGGAUAUUUGAAAGUGUACCCACACUGCUCAGACAAACCAAGCAUAUCUCUAAGUGGGUUAGCUAAGGAAUAGGCGAAGUAUCAUUGAGUCUAUGUCGUUUUAAUUUUUGCUAUUUCGAUACUAACCAAUAGUUUUUUAUAUUCAUAAAGUAACGUAUUUAACGCUAAUAUCGAAAUUAGCUAUUAAUCGCCAUUAAGACGGUAAUUUUCACGGUUGGCUAUUCGGACACAUCAAUCGUAAGCUCGUACCGAUAUCGAACUAUAUAUGCGUGUGUCCGAGCAUGUACGCACGUGCAAUGCGGUGCAGAUCCUGAUGUCAGCGACCAUAACCUCAAUAACUGAACCGAAUAAGAUCGCCCAAACGAAACGUUCGGCAACAUGUAAUUGCUAUUUACAUUCGCCUAGACAUUCGCCUUAACAUCAAUAAACGAUAGUUUGUAAUUACUAUACAUAUAAUCUAUGCUGUCAGUAGUUUGCAUUUAAAUCCUAAUAUCAUACUGAAUAAAAACAACAUACUGGCGAUUUUACGUUAAAUUUCGGAGCUAUAGAUAAAAAAUAAGUAUACAUAUACUUUGUAAAUAUUAUUUGAUAAAAUUUACUUAAAUCUUUGAUAGUUUCAAGCUGAAAAAUAUUCAUAUCUAUGCGUGAAGUCUGUGUCGAGUAGUCAGUAAUUAUAAUUUUCCAGAUAUCCUAUCGUUUAUUGCAUAUUAUGUAAAGAUCCUAUUCACACAUUAUUACUAAUGUAUUUUGUAAUUGCAGAAGAAAGAGCAGCAGGUCGAAAAGAA